UUAUAUGAACAACCUGUCAAUUGAUACUUCCCUCUAACCCCAUAUCCAAGCGAAGCGAUCUAAAACACGGAAGGAUUCAACCCACCCAGCGACUUCUGCAAUCUGUAUAUUUUGUUUCGUAAUUACGAUAUUUUGCAUAAAGUUAAUUGGUUAAUCCGACCGAUUUUUCUAAUCGUUUAAAUCCCCAGGGGUAGGACUCCAAUUUUUUUUUUGAGUUUUUUCUCUGUAAUUUAUAAUCGUUUUGGGAAAAUAAAUCAUCGACGAUGUUUACACGAAUUUUCGGCAAGCCCAAGCAAGAGACCAAUGCUCUGGCAACGCUGGACAAGUUAAACGAGACUCUUGAGAUGCUCGAGAAAAAAGAGAAAGUCCUCUUGAAGAAGGCUGGUGCUGAAGUUGAAAAGGCCAAGGAGUUUACUAGAGCUAAAAAUAAAAGGGCUGCAAUACAAUGUUUGAAGAGGAAAAGGCUCUACGAGCAACAAAUUGAGCAGCUUGGAAAUUUCCAAUUGCGCAUUCAUGACCAGAUGAUAAUGUUAGAGGGCGCAAAAGCUACAACAGAAACUGUCGACGCUUUGAGAACUGGAGCAGCUGCAAUGAAAGCUAUGCAAAAGGCAACUAAUAUUGAUGACGUGGACAAGACAAUGGAUGAAAUCAACGAGCAGACGGAGAAUAUGAAGCAAAUUCAAGAAGCACUCUCAACACCAAUUGGCGCAGCAGCUGACUUCGAUGAGGAUGAAUUGGAGGCAGAGCUUGAAGAACUCGAAGGAGCUGAGCUGGAGGAACAGCUUCUGCAACCUGCAACUACAGCUCCUGAUGGUCCUGUUCGCAUUCCAGCUGGAAGGCAACCAGUCAAGGUUGAAGAUGAUGACGACGAGCUCGCUGAGUUGCAGAGAGAAAUGGCCCUUUAAGGAGAUAUCAAUUCGAAAAUCCGAAGAAACAGUAGUAUUAGAUGUACUAUAUAAUUGAGACCAACGCUUUCGCUACUGCCCAUUCUCAGACCAAAUUUCCUGGAUUACGCAUUUACGGUCCGAAGAAAAAACUGUAUAGAUGACAAAGUAAUUCAUGUUUUGAAUUCUUAUGGAGUCAUUUAAGCAUAUCUUAUUUUUCAAGCAUGGGAUUGUUAUUUCUGUCAAUAUAUUUGAUUAUCCUACUUGAGUCAUGUCAGUGUGUAUCAGAAGAGCCUAUAUUAUUAUAUGACAUUAUAAUCUGCUGUUUUUAUGAAGUUAAAUUUAUCAG